AGUUUCAGUGGCGGAGCUUCGAAGAAAUUCAUGGGCGGGCCAGGCCAAAGAAGAACUCAAAAUUCAUGGACGGAUAGAUAGAGAAAAUUGAGGAACAAGAGGGGAUCGAUUCGGUAGGUGUGCAGCGGUCCCUGACUGCGGGUGACCCCUCUGCUGCUGCGGCGAGCGGCGGCAGCCCCGGCCUGGGCUGCCUGGGCCCCUCCCUCUGCUAGCACCCUCUCUCCAGUCUCCCCUACUCCCUCCUCUCAGCAGGCAUGCGGAGUCGCAGGGCACCCUGUGGGGUGAGCAGCGGCGGCCUGAAAGGCAGCGCGCGCCGCGGAGCAGCAGCGGCUGCGGUCGCAGAGCGGCGGCGGCGCAGGACAACCUGUCGGGCGAGCAGCCCUGGCUUGGUGUUUCCUAUGUGUUUGCACGUUGAAGCCACUUUGUUGUCUGUGGAAUUCUGCAAGCAGGCUAAGCAAGCUCUUCACUUAGCUUCCAUGGUCAUGUAUUGUGCAUCCUACAGACUCGGUCAUCCAAGCGAAAUUUCUGUACACACAAUGGAGCAGACGAUUCGGAUGUGUACACCCACAUUUGUGAAAACUGCCGAGGAUGCCUACCAUAAGAAGGCCAAGAAGGCAACCAUCCGUUCGUUCCUCGACUCUCUUGGAGAUUUGGUUGCGAUCAGCCACAUCUUAUUUGUAAACACUCUGGACACCGCGAAUGAUAUGCUGCUUGGAGAUGGAAAACCGAAGCACAACCCAAACGUCGAUGUGGAAGCCACUCGCCGCGAGUUUGAGCUCAAACUGAGCCAUCUGAAGCAAAAUGUUGAGGCCAAGGAUUUACUGUUCAAAUCAUGCAAGAUUCUGGAGCAAAUCGUCUGUCCUGCGACGGUGCACGCAAGCAAGUUGGUCACCAUGAUGGUUUCACUUCGCUGGGAUGUGCUUAAGAAAGCCCCGCGUAGAUAAAGAUUUGAGAGUUCCGCAUGAUCGAUUUUCUUUUACAGCAAAAGACCUCUCUGUCAGAUUUCAACACGUAGUUACAUCAUCUAGUAAAAGAGAUACAUAGUACUAGUGGAGCUUUCAUGGUUGAUUUGAUGAUGAUGAUUCCUCUGUCGGUGUUGCGGAUGAGUACAAAUGAUGGGUUUCUCCUUUCAA